AGUCCUUCCACAAGCACCCGCUCGAGAUCGACCUGACGCAGGCGUGUGUCGGCGAGCUCAACACCAUCCUGCGCGGUGACAUCAACUGGCCCAUCAUCUACGGCAUCGGGGUGAACGUCAAGACGGGCGAAAUCUUCCCGGCCACCUUCCCGGACAAGGGCCCCGAUCUGCAGCUGCGCAUGGCCCGCCACUUUACCGGCGGCCAUCAGGUGCUGGACGUGUACGACUCCACCGUCGGGAUGCUCCGGAUCGGACCGUUCAACUACGACCCGCUGCGCGGCGUCGAUUUGUGGCUGUCGCAAAGUGACGAGUUUAUUCUGCAGCAUUUAUCGACGAGUCCGGACGUGGAGCCACCCCACUUUGCUAUGCAAGUUCGUGCCACACUGAGAUACAUUCAGGACAACCCGUUCCCGGCGGUGACCGUGUUCCGGAACAACAACCCGCACUACUUCCGCCGGGACGAAAACACAGGCUGCUGGUCUCCGGUGCGGUUUUAGGAAGAAAUUGGAGCAAGCACACAUUUGAUUCCUUUUAGAAGAUUUUUUACAACCCUCAAACAAUAUCUGUUCAGUGAAUGAUCUAUUUAACGUCUGGUUGAGUUAUUUAAGCUUAGUUUUCCUCCUUAUUUUUUAUUGCAACGGUUGUUUUACAUAUAUCUACUCCAGGAAGAGUUUCUCCACAAUUGUCCACUUGACGUACUAAUUUAUACAUAUUUGUUAACCAAGUUAAUUCAACACACACAGAACCGUUCUAUACGCCGUGACGAAUCUUAGAGAAUAUCGAUUUCAGAGAACAAGACAAAAAAAGACAAAUUAGAUGAAGCUAAUGCAGAAGGUUGUACAGAAUUCGGUUUUAUAGAGCUCGUUAAAUUAAAUUAAUCUGCCCAGCUAAAGUUGAUUGUAAUAAAAAUUUGCGAAAAAUGCCAAA